AUGGCACAUCUUCAGAAUUCUCGUGGGUUAGCACACGCUCCUCCAGAAAUAUUCGAGUUCUCAUUGAAUUCGGUUCGUGAAACUGGCUCUAUCGAUAUAGCUGACUUCACCAUAAUCGGAUCAACUUUGGUUAAAAGCUCAAACCUAAUAAAACAUGGAAAGAGGCUUGAAAACAUGAGUUGGCGGAUCAUGGGAAAGAAUUUGGUUACUGCUGCUAAUGGACCUGACUCUACAAUCGCGAAUAAUACUUCACCGUCAUCAGGUAAUCAACAGCGAAGAGGUUUGGAUCCUACCUUAGUUUUCAACAAUUCAAUAAAUCCUGAAUCAUCUGUCCCUCUGCUACCGCGAACUCCAUCAAAAUCCUCAUUAUUAAGAAAAAAAAAAUAUCAUGAAAAGGCACUCACGCUUUCUGAUUUCAGCUCUAUUGUUUCCAUCGUCACACAACCAUCUCUUCAAGAUGUUUUCCAUGGCCAAUGUCAUUCGAAAAAAGUACCCACCAGCUCAAAUACUAAUACCAGCAUCUCUUUGAAUUCUCAGCUACUGUCAGGAAGUUAUGGUAAAUCUUCAAAAAUAAUGAAUAGACCAAACCUCAUCAAGCGUAAUCUGCUGUCGAAGGGGAAACUUACAUUAUCUUACAAAAAUAAUAAUUUCAGCAUAAUCAAUAACUCACAUAAUGCCUCAAUUUACUCAUCCAAAAAGAAUAAAAAUAGUUCUGAGCAUUUAAUCGGGACACCUGCCAGCUUUUCAAAAAAGAAAGUUUUGUCAAAUAAUACGGAAAAACAGCAACCUGAUAAGAUUCAACUAAAAAAAUUUCAACUUCUGGCUAGAGAUAAUGUCAAUGAAUCGGUGGAUUCCUCAAAUAAUCAGCAAUACCAGAGCUCAAGUAAUAAAGUGGAGGCCAACAAUAAUGAUUGCUUGUCUUCAAGAAGCUCAUCCAGAGAUAGCAAGGGCCCAGUUUUGGUCGCGAGGAACAAUAUCAGAGCGAUCAAUCCUCGUGACGAAAUCAAUAUAGGCAGCAAAAAGAAGAGUGGAGCAAUUUUUUAUUUGAAGCCAGAGAAUGAAAGUGAGCAAAGCUUGAGCAGCUCUAAUCUUUCAUCGAGGAAAAAGAAAAGCCCGAGUAAAUUGCAAACGGUACCAAGUCUUUUCAGCGGCUCUAAACUAAGAGAUAAACCCUCAUCUGGUAGUAUUAAUAGUGAGGAUAAAGUUCACGAAGAUUCCCAUUCGCAUUCCAGCGACUCUGAUUCAGAUUUUGAUAUUUAUAGUGAUGAUGAACAUCCAAUCACCAAAUUUGAAAGCAAUGAUUCCUUUACUGAGAAACUUAGAGAAUUGAAGAACCAAGUUGGUUUACCAGAUGAAGUUAUUGUGUCGAAACAUAAUAAUGCCAAGAGUUCCGCUGGUCGGUUAUUUGGCAAAUCAGAUAGCCAUAUCACUUCAAUGUUAAACACAAAAGAUAACCAUAACACAAAUCUUCCAUUAACAAACAAGAAUAAAUCCAAUGGUGACAGGUCUUUUAAGUCUCUAAGUAAGAAGACCUCAAAAGGACUCAUUAAUAGCUCAGACACCCAAUCUAUCGACUCGACGAAAAGACUUCUCAAACGUCAGUCGUCACUUUUCCCAUCCAAAAACAACAAUAACACUACACCAAUUAUUUUUUCUGAUGAUUCUUUCUCCGAUGAUGAAGAUGAUUCAUUUUCUUCGACCAGCGAUGAUGAAGAUGAUGAAAAUGAUGAAAAUGACUUCAGCAACGAUAAUUCGGAAGGGAAAGCUCAUUUUAAAAAUGCCAAGAAGACCGGUAUCAAUGGCUCAGCUAAAUACGGCCGUACAAAAGGAGGGCGGUCUAGAAGUAUUACGGAUGAUGAUCUUGUUGACUAUAGCGAUGAAGAUGAUAUAGAAGAUGAUAAUGCAUGGACUGACGAUGAUGAUGGAACAAAUGGUAGUGGGAGCCAACGUAGUGAAGGCGAUGACAUAACUCUGAUCCUAUUUACAAAGAAGGGACAAGACGAAUCUUACAAAGAGCCACAAACUAUCAAGAGAUCUUUAUUGUCAGGUCUUUUCUUGAAUGAUCUUAAUAACCAUCAACAGCAAAAAGAUAUUACCGCUACUGCCGUGAAUGGUGUUAAUGACUUGAAGGAUCUUGCAAAAAGAACCACUAGCAAUACGAGUAUGAAGAGAAAUAGUACUUCGGGAUCUAAAAAUGAGAAUAAGAACAAGAAUAAGAAUAAUGAUAAUAAUAAUAAUACUAAUAGUGAUUUAGUUGGUAGCUUGAUCAAUGGUUCGAAAGUCUUGUAUUCUGAUACUGGAGGACUUCAUUUAGAUUUCAAUGAUUCAAUCCAUCAUCAUAUUACCAGUGAGAAAGCCGAAUGUAAUAAUGGGGGUCAAAAUCAACAACAAUUGCAAAGUAGGAAAUAUUCUUUCUCAAGACCGCCAAUGGCCCGCAAAAAAUCAGAUGUGACUAAUUUAAGAGACUUGAAAUCACAAGCUUCUAGCACUUCAUUAAGCGUUCAUACUAUGACACAACCAAUUAUAGUCAACUCUCCAACUGUUUCCACUCUCACAGCAACAGAUGUCAAAGGAUUAGAUGGUGCAAGCGACAGCGAAACCACGGCAAGCAUUACCGCAUACCCAAGUGAGAAAACUCUUGUUAGGUCUUACAGUAAUGCAAGCGCCGAUAUCAUUAAUCCACAGGCAUUGUUGCGGAGCAAUUCUAAAUCUUCUCAAACUUCAUUCACCAAUCUUUUUGGAAUGGUUCAACAAUUUCCAUUAUUUAGGAGUAGUAACAAUGAGAACGAGCAUGAAACUGAUGAAGCUAAGGUUGCAAGACUUAAGCUGGAUAUUUUGAGACAAAGAACUUACUCGCUGGGCAGUGCAAAUCACCAUCUUCAACACCCAAGUCAUACUUUAGAAACAUUAUCUAAUGCCCCUAAAGCGGCUAAGUCUUUACUAAAUACUGCAUAUGCUUCCCAUAUGUUCCAUCAACAAUUACCACCAGCUACGGCAGUGGGUGGAGCUUCUCAGAGAUUGGAUAACAAAGUAAUGAGAAAUAGUAACUUGGGAAGUCAGGCCCGCCAACAAUCUCAGCAAUUCCACCCUCCACCAACAAAUCAGAACAGAGAAAAAGUGAGCACACCAAAACCACCACAAAUGAAUGAUACUUCAAGAAAUGGACUGAAUGAUAAUGCAUUGGUUGCCCCUGAUGAUACUCAAAAUUGUUUGGCAGUUAAAGAAGCAGAUAUAAGAUCAAUUGUUUUUGGGAAGUACCACAAAGUGAAAGUUGCAAAUAAUAAUCAAUCGCGAGAUGACACGAAAAACGAAGUUGAUAAUGAUGAUGAAAUAAAUAAUUUUGAAAUUGAUAAUUAUCAUAAUCGUGGGUGGUGA